AGCAGUUUCCGCAGCAACGUUGGGUUCUUGUGUUGUUUUGUUGAUGAACGUGCUCGCUCGCGCUACUUUCUGCACGCGUCCCGAGAUUUUCCGCGAGAGAAACACAAUAGUGUGAAAGAAGAGAGUGCCAGGCCCUUACCAGGAGGGUGAUUCCGUCGCAACGUGCCAGUGCGAGAACGUUAUCCGUGGUUUGCGGUCUUGUUGCGUUAUUCUUCACGUCCGGCCUAUUUGUGGCAUGUGUAUGUGUAGUGCCGUUUGAGGUCGCGCGCAUCCUUCCCUGUUUUCCUCCCCACCCCAUAACAACAACAAGAAAACCCCACCCCUAGCUGGCAGAACCCUGUAGGGGUUUAACCGCAGUUAUGCACCAUCAUACAUCAUCGGCAGCGCGAUAGCGACGAUAUUCCGGAGCACCGAGUGACACACGGCCCAACCUCCUGCCGAAUGUGGCGUACGCUUCACUGAGAAUGCGAUUGCGAUUGUACCCGAAGCUGGAUCGUCGUACAUUGAUAACGUAGCGCAAAGGAUGACAUCAGUCCGCAAACUGUAGGAACGGUUAGAUAGGAAUAUAUUUCCCUGGUUUCCUCCAAACGUCCUUCCGGCCCCUUUCCAGCAGCAAAGUUCCGGACUACUUGCACGGUGAAGAAGGUACAUCCAGCAUAAGCUAUACAAUCGGUAUCAACCUGUAACCGUCGGUUCCGUAAGAUCAGUUAAUGCGUGGCCUUCGAUUCGAUUGGAAAACCCAACUGGUGCGGUGCCCUUUGUUCACAACCUACGUACACCUGCGUACGUACACGCCACAGAUUCCGCAGCAUCCUUGAUCGAGUGUGUGAGGCAGGAAUGUGUUAAUCGUCCUAUUCGCAUCGAUUUAUGUUGUGGUGAAUAAUUGCAAGUGAAUUAUUACGACAGUCUGCAGAUUGUCCGAACGGCUAACAUAUUUCUCGGACUGAUUUAUGUUUGCUACGUGCCGUCUGGGAGCAGUAAGUGCGUGUGUCUGCCUGUGCGUACCGCUGGAGCGUGCCAGAUAAAUUGAAAACAUACACCGCACUGCUGGAGCAAUAUCAAUAAAAGUCAAACAACAGUAAUCCAUCAAAGUAGCUACUGCACGGCGAGUGGUUGAGGACGUGUUGCUAAGGAAGCAGCGGCGUGCUGGUGGCGGAAGCGUCACAGGGAAAAACGAGGAAAAAGUUAAUAUUUAUUUAGUUUUUUUAAGUCCUCCCUGCUGUCAAAUAUUUGCAAAUCGCGCGUACUAGACAGCGGAUGUCCCAGUGUUAAGAAGUGUGUAUCGUUGCUCGCCUGCGUUAGGUGCGUCCUGCGAGAGAAAGCAAGUGAGUGAAGCGCCGUGGGAUUCGGUGAUAUCGCAAGCUGAGUACGUUUUCCGUUCGGUGGGUGCGUUCUGUGCCAUUUUGCACCGUUGGGUGAUUAAACGAGCGUGGCAGAGGCAUACGCCAAAAGCGUAUGUGCUAGGGCGUUGGUACGCGGUGGUUGCAAGGAAAUCCCGGAGCCGCCGAUACGAAGUAUAGCAGAAUAUAGAACAGCAUCAAGACAGCAGGCAACGAAGAGCGUUCAGCAAUAACAACAACUUUAAGGCUGCUCGCAGAUAGCUUGCGAGAGGAAAAUCUGCAUCCCCCCUUGACAGCCGUUUGAUUGAAGUGUCCGUGUGUCGGCCACGAGGAAAACUCAUCGCGGCAAGCCGGAGCGUGACGAACCCAACACGGCACGUAGAAGAAAUAUAGGUCGAGAGCAAGGCAACAGUCAGCGAGGCAACGAGAAGCCGAGCGCCAGCGGAGAGCUGUGAAAAUGUCGACAAACGAUGCAAACUUUAUGCUGUUUCCCAACAUCAACGAUUGUUCGUACGUUUCGUGUUACUGCGAAGAAAAUGUUUGGAAACUGUGCGAACAAGUAAAGAAAACGUACCCUUCGGAGCUGCCGAAAUGUUACGCUGUGUUUGUGUCGAACGAACGGCGCACCGUACCCCUGUGGCGACAGAAGGCGGGCCGGGGCGACGAGAAGCUGGUGAUAUGGGACUACCACGUAUUUUUCAUGCACAAUCCGUCGCCGAACCGGUGUCUGGUGUUUGAUCUAGACACCACGUUACCGUUCCCGACCUACUUUCAUAAAUAUGUUACCGAAACGUUUCGAUCGGAUUAUGCCUUAACGCCGGAACAUCACAGAUUCUUCAGAGUGAUACCGGCAGAAAAAUAUCUGGCAGAGUUUUCCUCCGACCGGCGGCAUAUGCGUAGACCGGAUGGAUCCUGGAUCAAACCACCGCCGUCCUACUCACCAAUCCAGACCAGCGCGAGCACCCACAGCCUAGACGAUUUUAUUUGCAUGAAGCCUGGGAAAGGGCCGGGCGCGGUAUACGAUCUGCUACAUUUCGUACAGCAAUUCUACAAACCGCCGGAUCGGAACAUCGGCACCAAAACGCAAAAUUAAAAUCACAUUAAGGAAGGCACGGCGUUUCGCGGCGAAAGAAUGCUUAUUAGCGAUGCCGGUGGCACUAGCUAGCAAGAACUAAUUAGCAGGAACUGUAAGCGGCAAUCCGAUGAUUGUGCACGCUUUGCGCUACCGGAUACGGUACGGUGCAGAGGCGGAGGCGGAUACGGUACCUUAUCAGAACGCAACACCAGAAAAACAGCACCGUGCCAUUGUAUAAGCAGCAUUAAACUGUGGGUAAGUAAGUGUGUGUGAGUGUGUCUGUUUUGGGGCCGAGCACUAGAGCGUUUUGCAUGUUUCUUGUUUUUUUUUUUAUUUGGUUUGGUGCGUGCUAAAGGCAAGAUGUUGUGAAAAACUUUAGCUACCAUUACUAACAACGUAACCGUUAGGCUAAGUAAAUUUCGCUACUAGGCAGAGGAAGGGGAACCGAGCGAUGAAACGAUGGUUAUAGCCAUUUUUCAAAAAUUAUUCGUAAAAAUCUAUUUAAAACAAAAAAAACCGAUGUUAUUUUGUAGAUGGAAUUAAUUUAAAUUCAUAGCUAUUCAAUGGAAAAUUAUGACACGCUUGAAAAUGGCAGAACAAAUAUAAAAGCUGCUUUCACAGCUUCAAGACUAUCGGUAUUGGGCAGUGUUUCGUUGUUGAAAGGGUAGCCGUACGACACACCACUACGCAUUAUGAAUAAUCUUAGUUGAGCAAUGCGGUCGAUAUAAAAAGACGGUAAGGUGCAACAAACACACAAACACAUAUAUUACGAUAAAUCAAAAUCAAGCUGAAUGCAGAAAAAGGAAGCAAGCAUUACAUCAAUUAAGAGCUAAAUUACGGAUUGCGGAAUGCAAGACUUAUUGUUAUCUAAUGUAAUAAACGUAACAACCCGCGAUACAUCGUUUGGGAAAUGGACAAACAAUAUUCGUGAUUACCGAUCCAAUGCAAAUGUCUCCUAAACAAUAGUAAAAGUGCACCAUCAGAAACCACAAAAAAAACACGUUGAACAAACAACAAUAACGAACAACAAACAGCGGCAAAUCUCUGUUUAGACGCUGAAACAACAUAAAUCUCAUGGAUUUAUUUAGUGUGAGAUUCAAAUCAAACAGGACGUAUGCAUACGUUACCUAAAUAAAUGCACACAGCCUAACGAAAUGCUAGUUGGCAAACGACGAACGAAUCAAGCAUUAUUGUAUGGAAAUAUAUCUUCUACUCUACAAUGUGAUAUUAGUUAACUAAUUACAAAACAUUACAACACCCAUGCAACCCAUGAUGAAAUAAUUACACGACACCUAAAAAAAAAACAACAGCAGAAACACACAAACACACAGGCGUGCAAUAAGUUGAGCGUCGUGAAUCAACUGGAAGUUAUCAAAAGCAAAUUUUAGGAAUUUUUUAACAGUUCGCCACAAUGCGCGCACCACACUAAUUGAUAAAUUGAUCAUCGCUUUGUUGUUGGAACUAGUGAUGGAAGGAACCACUCAGUAAAGUGAAUUAAUUCAGAGUGAGUUAGAGUUAGAGUAGUGAGUUAAAUCUUAUGCUCACUCUUUAAGAGUUAAAUCUCGAGGAAUGAUUCAGCUCUCCGUACCGACUAAUCAUUCACUCACUGUGUUUUAACUCACUCGCUACGUUUUAAUUCACUCACUAUUUCUUAACUCACUCACUCGUGAGUUAAAUUUCGCUUCGAUAAAUUAAAACACGUUGGCAUGAUGACCAACAUACAAUUUCAGUCAAUACAAUUAGUUUGAUUAUUUAUUUAAACAAAAGUCCGCCACCGUAUUGUCCAAUACAAUUAGUAUUUGAGAUAAAAAUACUGUAAUUCGAUGUAAAUUAAAGCGUACUCAGUGAGUUAAAACAUAGUGAGUGCGUUACAACGAAUGAGUGAAUUAAAACGUAGUGGUUAGUCGGCACCGAAAGUUAAAUCAUAAUUGAGUUUUAAUUACUCUUAGUGAUGGUUUAAAUCAUCUCAAUCAUUGCUAAGAUUUAACUCAUUCACUCAUUCGGAUUCAGUCUGCACAUCACUAUUUAUAUCAUUUAAUGAUGACGGACCGAUGCCGUAUUGUCAGACCUGCCCAUCACUAGUUGGAACUCUUUUUUUUGUAUGCUAAUCUUUUGAAAAGCCACAAUACAUAAUUCAACCGACUUGCACUGCUCGGGUUCGUUUAUUUCGUAGAAAGUUUCGUUUAAAGUGUAUAUAGUUGAAAAAUCAAAUCAAUUAACAAACGACAAUCCUUUUGUGUGUAAUUAUUUCAUCGUAGAUAUGAACUAGUCUCACAGAUUUGUUUUUCGAACGCAACGCAUUUCAAAAUAUAACUAUUGUAUUUAUAGAACCAUUAAAAUUUACUUUGAUGAUACACCUUUAACAAGCUAGCUGAAUUAAUAGUAGGUAUAAGUGAAGUAAUGCACAUUUUAAACCACCAACCAACCAGUGUAGGAAUCCAAGUCAUAGAUAUCGGUUUCAAUUGGUUUUGUUUGUUUUUUAAUGAUGAGAUUUUCAAAGUAGCUUUUGUAUUUUAAGUAUCCACGAUGUUUGUUGUCCAGAUGUGCAAAACACGAAGCAUAAUAUAUUUACAGGGAGUAUAGUUAAAUUAGAAAGAAUAUUAAAGUUUGUGCCUACUAGCGGGCGACUAUUUUACAAAGUACGUACGUUUCAUACAACUUUAUCGAAGCUCAGUUUACGGGUGUUUUCAUACAUGUUUCAGUAGUAACUUUAUUGCUUUUACCACUUUUACCAACUAAGCUUUAGCGCCAGAUGCAUUCGUUCAUGCCAAAAUCGUCCUAUUGCCACCAUACUUUUGCAUGUUUGCAACUGUUUGAUAAGUCUAUUGAAGGAAGGAAAGAGCACCCUAGCAGCUCUUCCUCUCUCUCUCUAAAUUAUACAAAAUUUGCUUUACAAACGAUUUGCGUGCUAACCAGAAAGAAAGCGUAUUUUUUGCCUCUUUUUAAAAAAGCAGUAGCAAAACCGUAAUUCCGUUAAUUUUUCCGAUGGCGAGCACGAAAAUGUGGUGAACAAAUUUACCUAGCAAUCGCCAAAUUACUUAUUGAAACUGAAAUCUUUUGAUAGACCUUUUGCAAUCAUUAAACAUCCAUCCACACGGUGAACGGUGGUGUUUUCAGUACCUCUAAAACCAGUGUAAGGCAAUUGAUAGGCAGACGGCCCCUCAUUUACUGGCUACGAUUAAUCGCCGACAGUUUUCUGUACUUUAAGCUAAAUAAUCGGCAAGAGACAUAGAGGGCAUCUUAAUACAUCACUAAACCAAUUUUCUAUCUCAACCGCACCCGUCUUUGAAACUCUUAGUAAACAUCUUUGAAGCAUUGCACAUGAGCAAAAGUCGCGUUUGAGAGCAAAGAGUUUGAAACGCUUCUCGACUGGUGUGGUAUGCUGAACUCGGUCAAAAUGAAUUCAUAGCAAACACUUAUUAAACAAUCCGAGUCCAUUACGGUUAAGCUCGUUGUUAACAUUUACCACCCUCUUCCUUCUCACUGUUUGUAGUUAGUGACAUAACAUAAUUAUUAACAUAUUUUAUGCUACGGAUUUAAAACUGAAUAUGAAAUCCAUUACGUUUACUAGUAGCAGUAUGUAUUCACUAUCUGUAUACAGUUUGGCGAGGUCUAUACUAUAGCAUGGAUCAGCGUAACUAACGGUUUAAGAUUAUAUAAAAAAGCUGACUAAAAUUAUCCUUACCCUUUUACAUCUUAACAAUGAUACAUUGCAUGAGCCGUACUACUGUGAAGUGAGUAGCACAUUGUGUAGAGCAGAAGCAAAAUCAACACACAAUUUAACGUUAUCAAUUGCAAUAAUGUCGUUCAACGGAUACUGUUUUUGAAACAUUUAUUUUGUUUAUUUUUAUAAAAAAAAUAUCAUAACUAAAAUAAUGUACUUUGCACAAAAUUAACUAUUUCCUAAUGGCCUCACUGUGUCACCUCACUGUAACGAUGAGACAGUAAAUGUAACGUAUUACAAAGAGCAAUGUAAUAUGUGGUACAACCAAAUGUAAUUUAAUCCGAUACGUGGGCACUAUUAAUAUUUUGGGAAUUCGAAAUCAAAUUCGAGCGGCACUAAAAAGCAGUGCUUAUGUGAGAAACGUGAAGACUUGACGGUUUGACGCCGUAUCGUCAACACAGCACUAGAAUUUUCCUUUAUUAAAAAUUCAAUUACCUAUAAUUUGAGCCGAAGCGUUUAAGUUUACCUAUUGGAAGUUUGUCGAUUUGCUACUUUUGCAUUUGAUUUGCUAUUUGAUUUGUGUCAUUAUUGCACAAACUUAUUUUCUAUCUUACACAUGGUAACCUCCGUUAUAAGCUUACAGGGUUUCUCAGGCCAGUUCAGCAUUGUAACACUAUAGUGUAACAGCAUAAAACGCUAAUUCGACAUCGUAUAUGCAAUUCAACCUUGUUUACCCUUUUUGAACAUCGGAAAGCAGACUUUGCAACUCUUCUGGUUGCGAAUGUUCCAAAAUAACAAAUAGUGCCCUACGCAUACUUUGAGUGCGGUGUUACGUCUAUUGCUUAUUUGUCUGUUGCCAUUGGUAUCACCAAAUCAUUCGUCUGCACGUGAAUGAUACGUACAACAACUGACAUGCAAAAUGUUGAGACUAUCUUUUAAAUGCAAAGAGGAAAGAAAGAAAAAAACGAACGUUAACAUUGCAGUAAAGGGAGCUGUGCGCUGUUUGCACGGCGAUAAACUUUAAAAUAUUGAGUACAUACAUUUUAAGAAGCGUAGUACACUAGUUGGACUUUUUCAGUUGUUUUACGUAUACAGUGCGCAAGUGUGAUAAGGCAUCAAUCAUCCUGUGGCGUUAGUAGUCUUUCUUUCUCUACGUGCGGUUUUUUUUCUUCCAAAUUUAACACUUCACAGCAGCAUAGGAGUGAAUAAUAGAUACAAAUUAUGAUUUCCGAAAGCAAAUUAAAUCCAUCGAAAUAAAUAUGCCACUCGACAAGACGGUCUGUCUUUAGGCAGAUAUGCAGAGACACAAAACCAGUUUAUAUCAUCGAUAAGUCAUAUAAGUUGGUCGUUUUUAACGAUAUGAGUAGGAGAAUGAUUCGAGCAAACUAUACUCACUUCUUGCAAUCCACAUUGAACCAAUUUUUAAUGCACUCGUGUACCUUGGGCUUUUACGAAAUAUAUACACAACACACAACAUGGUAAGUGCAUAUAUUUUUCGCUUGAUCCUCCUGUAACGUUUUUAACCUAACCAAACAAAACUCCAUUCCAAUUCUUCCACUGUUCUAUAUCGCUUUCCUCUCUGCUUCAGCCACCACACAUGUACAACCCAAUGUGUCCUGUUUGCACGCGAUGGACCAAUCAAACCCUGCUGGAAACAUUGUAAUGUGUAAUUCGUGGGGACGAUUUUUAAGCGAACCAUUUUUCAUACCGACUACGGUUCAACCAACCACCCAGCACACUUUCCCAUCCUUCCUAUUACACGCAGUUUUGGUUCAAUUUUGAUGUGCGUGAUACACGCGGUUUGAGAUAAACGUAAACUAAUGGAUAUAGAAGUAAUGGUUAUAUUAUGAUGUACGAGAUAAAAAAAAACAAACAUAGUAGCUAAUCGUGAACAAUAUUAACAAAAUAACUGCAUUUCAUAGCCGUUUAAUAAGACUAUUUUGCUAUAUACUAAAAAAAAUAAAAAGGAUAUUAAACCAACUAAUUGAUCGCACACCGAAACAUGCUGUAACCCUGUGCAAAUAUCAAACUCGAUCCAUUUUGAUGUGCAUUGUAUCUCACACAAACAAACACACACACACACUCGCACACAAACAUACAGGACAAAAAAAAAAACAUACACACACUAAACAAGUAAACCAAUUAAAAUUCCUGCAUUCGGGUGAAAAGAUAAGACAGCUCGAAGGAAGCAAAUAUCAAGUCGCACAGGGAUGGCAAUGCUUGCAGGCUUUUUGAAAUCACAAAUACAACUCCACAAUGAACAAUGCACGUUCUAUAUCUUUUCAAGAAAAUGAUUGAAGAAAAAGAAAAGGAAUACAAAGAAAAACCCGCUAAUGUGUGCACAGCUAGUGUGCAGCGUGCGAUCGAUCGUUUAUUCGAAAAUUUAAAACAAAAAAGGCAGGUUUUUGUUUAAAUCAUUGUUAUGGACAGACAUUCAGUUUCUAAAGUUGUUAUGCAGAGCACAGAUCGCGCAACGGAUAAAGGGGGCAUGAAAGGGGAAAACAACUAUUAUCGAUGUCUUCACCGGUGCAAAACAAAAAUUGUUAGGUAGUUGGGGAAAACAAAACCUAAUGUACGUGGCGUGGUAUGGUGGUGAAUCAUUUAGAUAAUUUAACGGAGCAGGAAGCGAUGGGUUCAAUUGUGCGAUAAUAGAUGCAAUGCUGAGAUGAGAGACACACGAUCCAGAGUGGAAAUACAAAACGAGACGUGUACUCAGAAAGAAAUGACGCUUCAAUAAAAAAGAUGAACAAUGCA